CAAACAGGGUAACUAGACGGUACAUUAACAUUGAAAAUUAUGAUUAUUUUUUAUUACAAUUUAAAAGGUUGGUUUAUUUUUUGAAUACGAGUACAAAAGCUAGCUGUUAGCUGUUAGCUGUGUGUUAGCAUGAGCUCGAGCUCCGGACAGGGACCAGGACAGGGAGCCGCAGCAGCGCUCGAGCUCAACGCUGAGGCUCCGGUUCGAGGCGUCUCGCUGAAGGGGAACAUGUGGAGACUCUACAGUCACGUGCGUGUGGAAAACCUGGCUGGCGGGCUGUGUGGAGGUGUUUUGUCCACUAUGGUGCUGCACCCACUGGAUCUGGUUAAAAUCAGGUUUGCAGUGAGCGACGGCUUGGAGCUGAGGCCGAAGUACCGCAGCAUUUGGCACUGCAUGCGGAGCAUCUGGCAGCAGGAAGGACUUCGUGGCUUGUACCAGGGGGUCACGCCAAACGUCUGGGGUGCCGGAGCUUCGUGGGGUCUUUAUUUCUUCUUUUAUAAUGCCAUCAAGGCCUACGUCAAGGAGGGACGUCAGACGGAGCUGAGUCCAAUGGAGCACCUGGUGUCUGCUGCAGAAGCAGGAGCCAUGACUCUCUGCCUGACGAACCCCAUCUGGGUGACAAAGACACGGCUGGUUCUGCAGUAUAGCGCCGAUCCAAGCCAGAAGCAGUACAGGGGCAUGGUGGAUGCACUGGUGAAGAUCUUCAAACAGGAAGGAGUAGCAGGACUCUAUCGGGGUUUUGUUCCCGGACUUUUCGGGACGUCUCACGGAGCUCUGCAGUUCAUGGCGUAUGAGGAGCUGAAGAGAGACUACAACAAAUACAGAAACAUGCAUUCAGAUGCUAAACUGAAUCCAUUUGAGUACAUUACAAUGGCGGCUUUGUCCAAAAUCUUCGCCGUGGCCACUACAUACCCGUACCAAGUGAUCCGAGCUCGCUUGCAGGAUCAGCACACGAGCUACGAUGGCGCGGUAGACGUCAUCCGGAGGACAUGGAGGAAUGAAGGAUAUCUGGGCUUCUACAAAGGCAUGGUGGCCAACCUGCUCCGGGUGACGCCAGCCUGCUGCAUCACCUUUGUGGUGUACGAGACGGUGUCCCGUUUCCUCCUGGACAAGCACAAAUGAGACAAAAUAAAAAUUAAAAAAAGGCGGCGGUUGCAACAAGUUAGCGCUGAGAGAGAUGCUAAGCUAACGAGGAGAACUAGCUCUCAGCGGAACGAGACACAGACCAGGUACCAGACCAACGGAAAGACGAGCGUUCUCAUGACGCGGACUUGUGGCUUUGUACGACGCUUAUAGAAGGAACUGGUGCUGCUAUGAGUUUACAUGCGUAAGAUACAUCGGAAAGAGUGUGUGUGUGUGUGUGUGUGUGUGUGUGUGUGUGUGUGUGUGUGUGUGUGUGUGUGUGUGUGUGUGUGGGGACAAGACACAAAACUGAACUGAAGCAAUGGAUAGAUGCAUUCAAAUAAAGCCAAAGGGAUUGUUGAGCAAGAAAAA